GGCGCCUCGGGCCGGGCCGCAGCCAUGGCGGAGGCGGAAGGGGAGAGCCUGGAGUCGUGGCUGAAUAAAGCCACUAACCCAUCUAACAGGCAAGAAGACUGGGAAUACAUCAUCGGAUUCUGUGACCAGAUCAACAAAGAACUUGAAGGGCCACAGAUAGCUGUGAGGCUCCUGGCUCAUAAAAUCCAGUCACCACAGGAAUGGGAGGCAGUCCAAGCCUUGACAGUGCUGGAGGCUUGUAUGAAGAACUGUGGGAGAAGAUUUCAUAAUGAAGUGGGGAAGUUUCGCUUUUUAAACGAGUUAAUAAAAGUUGUGUCUCCAAAGUACUUGGGAGACCGAGUCUCAGAGAAGGUGAAGACCAAAGUCAUUGAAUUGCUGUACAGCUGGACAGUGGCAUUGCCAGAAGAAUCUAAGAUCAAGGAUGCCUACUACAUGCUGAAGCGACAAGGGAUUGUUAUGUUUGAUCCUGUGAUUCCUGCAGACAGAACCCUGAUUCCUUCGCCACCGCCUCGCCCCAAAAACCCUGUGUUUGAUGAUGAAGAGAAAUCCAAGCUUCUAGCCAAACUGCUGAAAAGCAAAAACCCAGAUGAUUUACAAGAGGCCAACAAGCUUAUAAAAUCCAUGGUAAAAGAGGAUGAGGCUCGGAUUCAGAAGGUGACAAAGCGCAUGCACACGCUGGAGGAAGUGAACAACAACGUGAAGCUUCUCAAUGAGAUGUUGGUUCAUUACAGCAAAGAGGACUCAUCAGAGGCUGAUAGGGAGCUCAUGAAGGAGCUCUAUGAAAGGUGUGAAACCAAAAGACGGACGUUAUUCAAGCUGGCCAGUGAGACAGAGGAUAAUGACAGCAGUUUGGGGGAUAUUCUGCAGGCCAGUGACAAUUUAUCCCGUGUGAUCAAUUCCUAUAAAAAGAUAAUAGAGGGGCAAGUGAUCAAUGGUGAAGUGGAUCUCCCUGGGAUGUCUGUAGUGGAAGGGAGUAACUCCACAAGUCAUCUCAACACCCUCAUCGACCUUGCUGGACUGGAUGUCACCAGCACCCCAGCACCUCCAGUGCCCCCCCCAACCCUGGCACCAGCCCCCACGGUAGCUCCAGCCCCAGCAGAGAUCCCCAUUCUCCCACCUCCCCCCCAGGCCUUCCCACACUCGCGGAGCAGCUCCUGCAGCCAAGUGGAACCCGCUCCCUCUCAGCAGAGCAGCACGGCCAACUCCCUCUCCUUGCUGGAUGAGGAGCUUCUAUGCUUAGGCCUGAAUGACCCAGCCCCUGUAGCAGUGAAGGACACCUCAGAAAACAACCAGUGGAGCAUGUUUGAGAAUGACCAGUUGGACCUGGAUUUCUUUAACCCGAAGAAGGUGACUGUUGCUUGCAACCCUGCAGGGAACCCUCUUCUCCCUCACCCAUCCCAGACCCCGUGUGGAACGUCAGUGCCGCUGCCCUCUGCUUUCACAGCCUCUCAGACUGCUCCAGCUCCAAACUCAGCACCCUUUGUGUUCCCUGCGGGGCCUCCUCAGACUAUUGCAGCUGCUCCUGGGUACUUCAGCUCGCCUGGGGGGAGCAAUGUGGUCCAUAAGAUGGAUGCAUUGGGACAACUCCUUGAAGAAGCCAAAGGAACUGCCACCCAAGGCGUGGUGACAGCCUCGCUGUGCCCUGGGGUUACUCUCCCACCUGCCAUCACCUCUGCCCCGUUGAUUGCACCUGCAGGGCCACCAGCCUCUGCCCCUGCAGCCCCUGCAGCCCCUCUCCCAAGCAGUGGCACUGCUGGCUCAGGGAGCCCUCUCUUCCAGCCGACAGCGUUCCAGCAGCAGGGCAGUCCCGCGAAAGCACCUGAGAUUUCUUUGGCCAACGUCCACGUUCCCUUGGAAUCCAUCAAACCCAGCAGCGCCCUCCCGGUGACGGCCUACGACAAGAACGGCUUCCGCCUGCUCCUGCACUUCGCCCGGGAGUGCCCCCCAGGGAGGGCAGACGUGCUGGUGGUGGUGGUCUCCAUGCUGAACACAGCAGCACUCCCUGUGAGGAACAUCGUGCUGCAGGCUGCUGUGCCCAAGUCCAUGAAGGUGAAGCUGCAGCCGCCCUCGGGCACGGAGCUGUCUCCCUUCAGCCCGGUCCAGCCACCCGCUGCCAUCACCCAGGUCAUGCUGCUGGCCAACCCUGCGAAGGAGAAAGUGAGGCUGAGGUACAGACUGACCUUCACACUGGGAGACCAGCCCAGCACAGAGGUCGGCGAAGUGGAUCAGUUUCCCCCAGUAGAGCAGUGGGGGAAUCUAUGACCUUAGGACACUGCCAGAGACUGGGACAGGACCAGGAGAGGAUCCCGCAGGCCUGGGAGGAGUGUGCCAUGGGAAGGGACACACACACUAUCCACUGGUGAUGUUCAGCUUCGUUUCCUUCUCCUGACCACUCCUCUUGUAGCUUUAGUCCAGAAUGUUUGGCCCCACGUUGAAGGGGUCCCGGGACAUCCGUCAAAGCGUGACCUGAGUGGCAGCCAGUAACAGGCAGUGCUGGUCGUGUUUGCGUUUGACCUCUGGGUGAAUCUGGUUCUAUCUUCCACUCUAUUAAACUUGAAGUUAUUGUGUUUUGAGGGGAGCCCUGUCAGCAGCAAAGGGGAUUUAGCUGGCUCGUUCCCCCGCUGCCCAGAGAUCCCUGCGGGGCCGUGACGCCACCGUGAGCUUCCUCGGCGCAGAGCCCUCCGCCCGCUCUCCUCAGACCCUCGCCCCAGGCCGGGCCCACCACGCAUGUUGAGCAAUAACACAGCUCCAUGAGGGAAAUGCUUCUUUUCUACACUGAAAUGGCACUUGGCUCCCUUCCCCUCCCUCCCUCUGCUGCUCCAUGCCCGGGGGCCGCCGUGAGCAGCCCCUCGCUGCGACGCUGCUGUGUCUGUAGUCCUUUAUUCGGUAGCUCCAGCUGCCUCCCUGCCACAUCCAGAUUGGGCAGCUGGGGCUGACUUCUGUGUGCAUAAUGGUUACACUGGUUAUUUUUGCUGCCUUUGGUGCAUUCCAUAGCAUGGGGAAAAGGGGAGGAGGUUAAACGGGGCUGGGAAGGAGGGGCGAGUGGUGGUGGAGGACAGCAGAGAUGUGUGUGGUCACUGAUGGGCUGCAGUGGGAGCAGGAGAGAGGCCUCUCAUGGCCCCUGGUGAUGGCAGUAGGGUUGUUGUAGUUAAAUACCAUGUUUGAGUGAGAUGAGUACAAUGAAAUACAAGGUGUAAAUAGCAGAGCUAUAGGGUAUCUAAAUAGGAACGUGGAAGGCUGGGCAGGGCCAUGGCAGUGCCUGGGCUGGGUUUAAUGCCUCCUUUUGUUUGUUCCCUGGCUGCAGUGGGUAAGUGCAAUUGCCCCAUAAGGGGAAGGCAGUAUUGCUGGACUUGGGUGUUCUGUGCUACCAAGGGACAGAAGAGCUGACCUCUCUAGCUACAGCCACACAAACCAGGCUUCAAUCACCAAAACUCAGUUCCAGCCAUCUCUCUCUCCCUCGAUUUCCAGGCCCAAGCAGCGCCUCAGCUGCCUGAGACACAGGUUUCAAUUAGUGGGGGGUGGGGGGUGAACAUCCCUUGACAAAGGCACAGGGAGGGCAGGGCCUCAGACACUGAGCUCAGGGGUGGGAGCCACCAGCUGAAGCCCUGAGAAAGUCAGUAGAGAGGAGAGCCCUGCCCCUAGUAGGGAAGCUCCAAAGGAGAAGGUGCUGCUGGAACGAGUGGUGGCUGCAAAACACAUCACAAGUGCUGCUGGGACUGACCUGUAGUUGAAUUUUCCUUACUGUGUUGCAAACUAAAAAGCAGUAGAGGUAAAAGCACUGCAGAGUUGGAGGCCUGAGGGCCUCAGCAGAGGAGGCACAAGUACUUGAAGCCUCUGCCAGUGGGAGCAAGGCCUGACCUGCUCUGAAGCUCAGCAGGCAGAAGGCAGGUGAGAGGGAUGGGUGUGUUGGUUGGAUCCUUCAAGAAAGUGGUUUUAGAUUGAUAGACUAAGCUAGGGGACAAGGAGUGAGGGGUUCUGCCUCUGCCAUGGCCCUGGCAGCAGUGCAGAGGCAGCAGCCUGGGGGCUGUGGCUGGAGGCCGUGGGCUCGCUGCAGUGGGUGCAUCUCCUGGGACUGGCAGGGCAGGGGCACACAAGUGCUGGCUGCAGCUUGGCUUUGUGUUCCCAGCAGCAUGGGCCCAGCCCCAGGGGGACAUCCCUGCCUGGAAGUGUGCUGUUUAAAGCUUUGGAAGUGAAACUGAAUGUUGCCUGUGUGCAGGGGGAGGUCCCUGCCUCAGCCCUACUGUACAAACCCCUCCCACACGGUUGUGCUGCUGCAUGUUCAAUAAAUGGUUUUCCCUACC